AUGUUCAGUACGAUAGAUCCGUCCCUGUUGCUUCAAUUUUUGGCUGACAGAACUUGUAUAUGUACCAAUGCUGUCUUCAAAGAGGAAUUGACUGGUUGCGUGGCGGCGAAUUGUACCGCAAAGGAGAUUCUUACUACUCUUAACGUUACGAAUACGGAAUGCGGAGUCCCGGUGCGAGACAUGACGAGACCGAGUAUUAUUGUCCCGAGCGUGGGAUACAUCGUUUUGUUGUUUCUUGCGGCGAGGAUUUACACCCGCCUGGUGAUCGUGCCGGGUUCCAAGUUGGGAUGGGAUGAUUGGACAAUUCUUGCACUGGGGGCUGUAAUGGUGGCAGUGAAUGCAGGCUCGAUAUUGCUUGGGCAAGCCGGUCUGGGAAAAGACAUUUGGACCCUGGAGUUUGACAAAAUCACGCAAAUCCUCAAGAUUUACUACAUCCAGGAGCUGCUCUAUGUCACCGCCAUCACUCUUACCAAAAUCUGCUUUCUCCUCUUCUACCUGCGCAUCUUCCCCAACUCGGGGGUUCGCUGGAUUGUUCAGACGACUGCUGGCGUGGUGAUUUGCUACGGCAUUGCCUUCUUUUUUGCUUUUACUUUCCAGUGCUCGCCGAUUGACUUCAAUUGGGUAGGCUGGGAUGGAGAGCAUCAAGGGUCUUGUGUGGACAAGAACGCACUGGUCCUGGCGUCGGCGGCAAUCAAUAUUGUUUUCGAUCUGUGGGUUAUUGCUCUGCCGAUACCGACACUGCUGCACUUGCAGACCUCGACGUUGUUGAAGUUUCAGAUUGUUUUCAUGUUCUCAAUAGGGUUUUUAGUCACCGGCGUUAGCAUAUACCGCAUGGUAAUGCUUAAGGAGUUUUCCACGAGUUCUAACCCAACAUGGGAUAACGCGCCCGGCGGCUAUUGGUCCAUUGUCGAGGUAGAUGUAGGCGUUUUCAUCCUGUGCCUGCCAUCUGUACGAGCAUUACUCCGGCGCUUCUUCCCUAGCGUUUUCGGUUCAACGAACGAAGAUACGGGCAGUAGCAGUCAAACACCGAAACCUAGGAAGCCUGGGAGGACAGCACCAUCCGGCGACCCGUUGCACAAUACCAGCUUUGUCCAAUUAAUUGACGUUAAUCACGACGGAGAGAGUGCAAAUCACUAUGGAACAGGAAGAACAAAAAGUUUUGGGGAGGAGUCCUGA